GAUGUCAGUGUCAGGCAACAAAGGCACGCAAUUGACAAAGGUUGGGACGCUUCGACAUUGUUGUUCUUCGGUGGACAGAUGGGGUGUUUGUGGACGUACUGCAAAAGAAAGGACACUGAGCUAUGGCUACCCUAAUCAACUGGAUAGAUAUUCUGGUGCUUAUCUUGUACUUUGCACUGGUCUUGGCUAUAGGAAUCGUCUCUAUGUGUCGCAAGAACAGGGAGAGCGUGAAGGGAUACUUUUUGGCCGGAAGGACUAUGGUUUGGUUUCCGAUUGGAGCUUCGUUGUUUGCAAGCAACAUUGGGAGUGAGCAUUUCGUUGGCUUGGCAGGGAGUGGAGCGGCCUCUGGCAUAGCCGUUGUAGCAUUUGAAUGGGGGGCUGUUCUGCUUCUCUUGCUUCUGGGGUGGGUCUUCUUACCGAUCUAUCUCUCCACCGGGAUAUUUACCAUUCCUGAAUAUCUCCAGAAACGGUUUGGUGGCAAUAGAUUACGACCCUAUCUGAGCGUCUUAGCGCUGAUUCUGUAUGUCAUAACCAAGUGUUCGGUAGACAUCUACGCCGGGGCUGUAUUCAUUCAACAAGCAGCAGGAUGGAACAUCUAUCUGUCCAUUGUGCCACUGCUGGCCGUGACCGCUCUCUACACAGUUGUCGGGGGUCUUGCAGCGGUAGUGUUCACGGACACCCUUCAGACUAUCGUGAUGCUUGUGGGAGCCGUGACACUGGCGAUCAUGGCUUUCGUCCAAGUGGGAGGGAUGGACGGACUCUACACCAAAUACUUCUUUGCCAUACCUGAGACCAAUGUGACGAGGAUCAACACAUGCGGGAUGCCUCGCCAAGACGCCUUUCACAUCUUCCGCGAUCCCGUCACCGCCGACCUUCCCUGGCCAGGGAUCAUAAUCAGGUCCACUGUGGCGUCGCUGUGGGCGUGGUGUGCUGACCAGGUUUUAGUCCAGAGAGCACUUGCUGCCAAAAAUAUGGCUCACGCCAAGGGCGCCACAGUGUUGGCUGGGUACCUCAAGAUCCUACCACUGUUCCUCAUCAUCCUCCCUGGCAUGAUCAGCAGGGUCCUCUAUACAUCUGAAGUGGCCUGCUCAGACCCCGCAACGUGUUUAGAGGUGUGUGGCAACGAGGCGGGAUGCUCCAACAUCGCCUACCCAAAGCUCAUCCUCACCCUGGCACCCAUUGGACUCCGUGGCUUAAUGAUGGCGGUGAUGCUAGCGGCGUUGAUGAGUUCGCUGACGUCGGUGUUCAAUAGCGCAGGCACAGUGUUCACCAUGGACCUAUGGAGAAAAGCGAGGCCAGCCGCUACAGAACGGGAGCUUCUCAUCGUCGGCAGGGCAUUUGUUUUGGUGCUUGUUGCUGUGAGUCUGGCUUGGAUUCCACUGAUAAUGUCCUCCCAGGAAGGGCAACUCUUCCUCUACAUCCAGGCUGUCAAUGGCUACAUUGCGCCACCUAUCUGCGCCCUCUUCAUCCUCGCUAUAUUUGUACCCAGAAUUAAUGAAAAGGGUGCGUUUUGGGGCGUGGCAGUGGGACAAGUUGUUGGGGUCUGUCGCCUCGUCCUGGACUUCGUGUACCCCUCCCCUGGAUGCGGCAACGUGGACGACAGGCCCACUGUGGUGUCCAAGGUGCAUUUCACUUAUUUCUCGGGGAUUGUCCUCUGCGUGACCACCAUUAUUGCCUUUGCCGUGAGCCUCAUGACGGAAAAGCCGGACAAGGAACUUACUGAGGGAUUAACAUACUGGAGUAUUCGUAAAAAGAUCACCCGGGAUAACGCACCAUACAGAAUGAAGGAACAAGAGCAAACCAACAAGACCAGCAAACAGAUUGAUGGUGAUGCCGACACAACGAAGACGCUUGACGUCAAGGUAGAAGACGGCGUUGACGAGAGGACCAUGGUUGACCUAAUACAAGAAAAAUUCAGUCUUAGAAUACCACGAAAUGUAAAUCUCUUCUUAGAUAUCAACGCUGUAAUACUUCUUUGUGUGUUUUCAUUUUUAUAUGGAUAUUAUGGAUAGCGUUGGACAUUUUAGUGAAGAACUAGUGACAUUUAGAAAAUAUUGACUUUUUAAAACCUUGUAUUUUAUUCUGAAUUUUGAAAGUGAUCUUAGUACAAUAUAUUUUUGUAUAUUUUUUUAUGUAUUCAAAACCGUAGAUGUAAAACUUAGCACACAAGUUUAAAAACACAUUCAAACAUCACUAUUCGUGUACAACCAAAUUUGUAUCAGAUUAUGAAGUAUAUUUUGUCGAUAUUCGCAAAAAUCAGGAAAACACUUUUUCGACUUUUCGUCAUCAGCACCGAAUUUGAAAAAAGGUUAUGAGUUGAUUAUUAAAGUGUGUUGAAAACGAAAGAAAUGUGUCGUAUACACCUUACAUUGGAUGCAGCACGGAAAGAUGUAUCUUAAUAGAAAUAUAAACCACUGUUAUGCUCUGAGUGUGGCCAUUACUUUGUGUUCAUAGUGAAUUUCUUUAUGUCCGAGGGGGCACGGGUGGCCCAGUCGUCUAAGGCGCCGCGAUUCGCUGUGCAGAGUUGCGUCCCUUGGGUACGCCAGAAACCUAUGAUUGUGGGUUCGAAUCCCGGUUCGACCCGAUUA